AUGAGAUUGUAUGCAUUAAGGCACGGGCAAAGUGAAGUGAAUUCGAAGAACAUCUUUGGUGGUUGGAUUGAUGUUCAUCUGACUGAGAAGGGCUUAAAGCAAGCCAAAAACAGUGCUGUGUUGAUAAAAGAGCACUGUGAGAAAAAUGGGUUAGAGCUACCCAAGGUUGGUUACACAUCGCGUUUGGUAAGGACGGAGGAGACCAUGAGGGAAAUUCUGAAGGAGUUUGGGAAGGAUCCUGAGUUCCAUAUUGUGAGUGGACCUGAGCCUCCAAAAGUUGAACAUCUUGAUAAUGGUAAAUUUGAAGUUUACCAGAGUUGGAGAUUGAAUGAGAGACACUACGGGUCUUGGCAAGGCCAGAGCAAGCAUAAGAUGAUGGAGGAAGUUGGUGCUGAACAAUAUAUGUAUAUCAGAAGAGACUACUUUGGGAAGCCUCCGCAAGCGGACCUUACGAAGGAAAUGGUUCAAAAUUUCGACCAAGGAGACACAGGCUAUGAAUUUAAGGAGCCCAACAGACAUGAAAAGUAUUUGCAGGAGGAACUAAGCCAUGAUGACUUACCAAAUGGUGAAUCCUUGUACGAUGUAGUGCAACGGGUCAAUCCGUUGCUAGAAAAGCUAAUACUACCGAACUUGAAGAAGUUUGGUGAUGGUAUUAUAGUUGGACACGGUAGCACUGUUCGGUCGCUUUUGAAGAUUUUGGAAGGGGUCAGUGACAGUGACAUCAAGGAUGUCAACAUUCCCAAUGCUAUACCUUUGGUUAUAGAGCUUGAUGAAGAUUUCAAAUUUGUAAGAAAGUACUAUUUGGAUCCAGAAAGUGCAAAGGUCAAUGCAGAAUUGGUACGUAAGGAAGGACUCAAGGAAUGA